GGAUGAGACCUUACGCAGCGACUGCUCUGACUUCUGCCUUACGGCUGUCUUAUGCUGAUAGUUCACGCGCUGCCAUUGAAGUUAAGCUUGGGGGACUGGGUGUGACAGCCAGCACAGGGAUUUGAGAAAAAUGUCAGCUUGCUUCGAGUCGAAAAAUGAGCAGAAAACGUAGUCAGGGUAGGUGCAGUAGAGCGUCUCCGACGCAUCGUGCCGCGCCCGAGGAGGAAGGCGAUAGCUCGUCACGGAGAAUGACUGCAUCGAGGAUCGAUGCUGAGACGGUGCUCUCUGAUGCGACGGGUCCCAGCGCCGAUGAAGGUCAAGAAGAGUUACCAGUGAUUCUGUCGACGCCCGUCAUCCUGGUGGCUGGUCCAUCACCGCCUGAAAAUGACGAUGCAGAGGCGAGCACCGAUCCUGAGUGCCCGCGCAGACACGAGAUAGGCGGCCCUGAUGGCGCACGAAGGGGGGCAUCUCAAAGCCAGGGUGUGCAGACGAGAAGAUACUCCGGCAACUCAAACGACUAUGACAGAGAAGAGCCGCUGCUCACCAAGAGGACUAAGGUAUACAAAAAAAGUACGUUUGAUAUGUUUGAAUUUGUGGAGAAUACUUCAGUCUUGACAACCAGUUGUUCGGCUAGAGGCGUAAUACAAAAUCUCGCUGUCGAUGUGUCCGACGAUUCGAUCCUGGGCGCUGUCUCGUCAUCCCACCCUUCAUACAAGUCACAGCUAGUAUCAGGAAAUGAUAUGACAGAUUUUCCGCAGUCUGAACCGUCGGAUAGGGGAAGAGCAACCGAAAGCAGUAGCAGCCUCAUGUACAGCAGCAGCGGUACGAUAAUUCUCACCGAAGCGGAAUUAAUGGACCUAGAUCCAGUUGACUUUCAGCAUGGCAAUCUGCCGCCGCACAUGAGGCUGGAGUCCGGCCUGGCCUUCAUUUACAUGGCAAUACCGCCGGACGGUGGCUUUGGCUGGGUCGUGCUCAUUCUCAGCUUUCUUGCCCAGCUAAUCGUGGAUGGGAUAAUUUUCUCGAUUGGCAUUCUGCUGCCCGCUAUGGAGAAAGACUUCAAAGUGAGCACCUCCGAGGUGGCCCUGGUGGCCAGCAUACAGAUUGGAUGUUACUUCAUGGGCGGCGCCUUUUCUAGUGCGUUGAUCAACAGCUACGGAUUUCGGCCUGUGGCCAUGCUGGGCGUGGCCAUCUCAGCGCUGGCCUUGUUGGUGGCCAGCUUCAGUCCGAACCUGACUGUCAUGAUACUGGUCUAUGGCAUCGUUGUCGCCGCAGGUGGGCCCGGAUUGAGCAUGAUCUGGGUGAGCUCGCAGCUCAUCAUUGGAUUCUAUUUCGAGCGCUAUCGUGCACUGGCCAGCGGCGUCUCCUGCUCUGGUGCCGGUGCUGGCAUUUUGAUCUUUUCGAUUACUAACAAUCUGAUGGAACAGCAGUUUGGUUGGCGAAAUACGGUUCGGUGUCAUGCCUUCUUCGUCUGUCUUCUCAUUUUUGUGUCGAUGGCCUAUUUGGAGGUGAAGCCAUCGCCAGUGGGCGUAGUCCACCGUUUUCCGGAGAUCAGCUCCACCUCUUCCGAGUACUAUGGCAAUUUCUACGUCCACAAUUUUCUGAGCGAAGACCUUUCCAUGAAGAGAUCCCAUCCCGUGCUAGAUACGUUCGAGCCCAACAAGAAGAAGGAGACCAAGCGCAAACAAUGUAGGAACUUUAUUUGUCCCUGUUGUGCCAAUCUUGAUCAUGACGAUGACAAGUCCAUGCGCUCUGAAGUCAACUAUCUGGUGCGGCCGGAUCCUAUGCAGCGUGACGAUCUCUUCUACACGGGCCCCAUUGACUACGACGAGCCGCAUCGCAGGGAGCAGUUUGAUGGCAAGGAACUCGAACUGGUGGGCACCGAGACUCAUCUGCAAAGUGCCGCCUAUGGUCUGCACAAUAUUCACAAUUAUGACAGCACCGACAUGUCGGAGUGGGUUUCCGUCUCUGACGGCUACGUGGAGCACCGUCCGGUCAUUCACAAGCGGGCCGCGACCCCAGUUUCUACUCAACAUAAACGCCACGUGUCACGCAAGAGUCGCUGCUGGAUCCAUCAGAAGAUCUUAAAAGCCAUGAAUCGUCUGUUCGACAUGCAUUUGCUGAAGAGCUUUGAGUUCCGUGUGCUGCUGGCUUCCGCUUUCCUGUAUCCCAUGGGCUUCAAUAUACCCUUUCUGUACUCCAAGAUGCGCACCACGGUUCCCAACCAAUACGCCCAGAUGAUUGGCCCCGCCAUCGGCACCUCCAAUUUCAUAGUGCGCAUUCUGUGCGGCUUUGUGGCCUACAAGCUGAGAAACUGGACGAACUACAUCUGUGGGGGUGGCAUGGUGCUAGGCGGCAUCGCGGUCCUAGUCAGUGCCUUUUUCGGCAGCGACUUAGUCUGGUUUCAGAUUCUCUACGGGCUCUGCUACGGCGUUGCUCCAGCUGUCUAUGCCACGUUGCGAGCCCUCAUCUAUGUGCGGUAUUUGGGCCUCUCGAAGCUGACGACCGCCUUUGGCAUUACAGCCCUGGUCAUGGGGGUAGGCGUAUUCCUGGGCACCACCUUGGGUAGUGUUAUGGUGGAGACGACUGGCGGUUUCAUGGCUGCAUUUGCGUUUGCCGGCCUGUGCAUAAUAAUGUCGGGAAUGCUGAAGCUGAUUUUGCCUGUUUUGAUAAAUUCGAGAAACAAUCGAUUGAAGAAAAAUGCGGUUUUUGUUUAAAGUACAGUUUACGAUGCAUUGGUUUUAUU